CGUGAUUUCCUUGCAGUCCUCCCCAUCUCCGUCUUGAGUCGCUUGCUUCAGAUCUCAUCGUUAUCGAUCUGUCCUCUCGAUCAGAAUUUACAUGUUGCAUUCCCUAAGUGUAGUCUGUUUCAGAGUGAUUUGGUAAUAUGGACGGAGUCCAAGCUGCCCUUUGCUCUCCACAAUACUACUAUAUCUGUCUUAUUACCUCCGCCUUGUUCGUCUCCAGCCGUAUUCGCAUUUGUUCUUGGCUUUGUGCCUUGCAAGGCCGACAUUUGGUGAUGUGGUCGUCUGGUAUGGGUUUCAGAGACAUGACGUGUCCACAGACGAGCAGCGUGAAUGCAUGGAAGGGACCUAAACGCUCUAACGAAAGGUCAACCAGCACGCAUGAAGCCGUUUCUUCCCCAGCGCAUCCUACUCGAGUACAGCCACCAACACGCCAACCAAACACUAUACAAAACCAACCACUUAACCCCCACGCCGUUUCAAAACGUCCCCACGCAACAUUCGUACCUUCAACUGCGCGUCCAGAAUAGUCCACAGGUAUUGCACCAUCACCAGGAUUCCGCUGCGCCG